AUGAUGUAUGGACUUUCACAGGUCGAUCCUGGCUAUUUCGUUCACCUCACGCUCUAUGACUUCGAGACUGAGGCUUGUUGUGACAAGCUGUACAUCUGGGAUGGAGCAGACACUUCAGCAGCCACGCUUGCUAAUGUGUCUGGAGAUGCUACGGGAAUGACAUUCAGCUCUUCUGGAUCUAUAAUGACAUUACUAUUUAAUACCGAUAUCACUGGACAGGAGCGUGGAUUUGCCAUUCACUAUGAAAUGGUUCAAAAAGACACUCAGUACUCGGAGCCAAGCACAUGUCAGUCGGGACUGUUCACAUCGGGACUUGGGUUUGUGACGUCGCCCAAUUGGCCAUCCAAUUACCCAAAUGACAUCACCUGCAACUACCUGAUGACGAUGCCUAAAGGGAGCAGGCUGGUGUUGACGUUUGUGGCGUUCUCGACAGAGGCAUGCUGCGAUAAAGUGGAAAUCUACGACGGACCAAAUGCCACCUAUCCGAAGUUGGCUGUACUUUCUGGCAGUUCAGUCGUCAAUACGACGUACUACUCAACCCAGCAGAGUCUAUUCCUCACGUUCUACUCCGACUACACCGAAAGCGACAAAGGAUUCAGUGCAUAUUAUAAGCAGAUUGUAGAUAGUCGUAAACUCUGA